CCCGCGAUAGGUCACGUGAUCCAUCUGUUGGCGCUUCUUUAAAAUCGGCGGUCGUGUUGUGUUUAACGGACAACGGGACAGUAGCGGCAUUGCAGUUGUUGCACAGGCUUCAGUGCUGCUGAAUGUGCGGGGUUCACUGGACAUAAUCGAUUCUCGCGCUGUGCCUUGGCUACGCUGGAUGCGUCACUACAUAUAACCUGCGAUGGCCGAGCGCGCAAGCGACGAGAACACAGAACCCGACGUCACUUCGCGGAGGUCACGCCGGCGUUCUUCGAUCCUGAAGCCUGCCCGACCGAUCCUUGAAAGUGUGGACUCAAACGUGACCGAGGACCUCACGGAGCGUCGCAGACUGUACAAACGCGUCAGUUUCUCAGAAACUCAUCAGAUCAAAUUGUUCAAGACUGAACUAUCUGGAGAACAGAGCUCCAGCUGUGAGAAUGCACUGGAAGCUGGCUCGGCGACCACGGCCGGGAACAAGACGCUGCUGGGCAAUGCUGCCGAACACCUGGUGGGCGAGGCGGUCCAAUUGCUGCAGUACGACCACACUCCCCUCGAGCAAAGCUUCUACCAUGGUGCCGACAACAGCGAUGCCGAGGCUGCUUCACCGACGACAAGGGCAUCUGUUCUAAUGGAGGAAGCACAGUCUUGUCUCGUGUUCGCUCAACACGGGGACAUCACUGUUGCCUCUGAAGGUGCUGCCAGCCAAUUUGGCCUCAACACGACCUUGGCCCUUAGGACUAUGGACAUUACUUGCGUUGGCACGCGCACAGUUGACCAGACCACCACCACGCAACUGACAAAUACAAUGCUCGUCGACAGGGGCAUGGAAAUGACAUUUGCUGGCAACCCUGCUCAUAACCAGGCAGCCGCCACAUUGUUAAAGGCAUUCGUGGACAAAGGCGCAGACAGGACUCUUGCCAGCACCUCUGCACUUCACCAGGGGGCUGGAAAUCUGUCUAGAACCAACAUCUUUUCAACUAAGGGGGACAUCACGGUCGGACCACAAAAUAUCGCAGAGUUUGGUGGCGAUGCCACAGUGCAGCUUCAAGACACUAUGAACAUUACUUGUGCAGUUGGUUCUACAAGUUUCGCGAGAGGUGCUGCUAACGAUACGGACAUUGGAGCUGUUAAAUGCGCUGGUCAAGGGACAGUUCUCGGCGGAGCAAUCCCGACCCCUGCUGUUGCAUGUACUGGCAACGUUUCACGCACGGCUGCGCUGUUUGAUCUCUCUGCCUUUGUGGCAUCAAGCCGCCGCAAUGAUGUCUCCGACAUAAUGGGCAAGGAUGACGUAUGUGUAACAGAAGCAUCAUGCACUCAAUCUGGCCCAUCUGACCAGGCUCCGGGCAGUUCCAACACAGGUUACAGGGGUAUGAAGAGCGUAAAGAAAGAAACGGGCAGUGUGGGAGCAGUUUGCUCUGCCAGCAACAUUUCAAACACUGCUGGUCAGUUCGAUCUCGCCGCCUUCGUGGCAUCGGGUCGCCGCAAUGAUGUGUGCAAGAUAAUGGGCACCCAGUCUGACCCAUCUGCUCCUAGCGGUGCAACUUGUUCCAACACAAGUGACGUAGGCGUGGGGCAUGUAAGAGAGACUGCCUGCAGAGGCCUUUCACCUGUGGAAACAUUGGCAGUGACUGAUUACUUGGCAGCUACCACAAACAUAGCCGGUCUUGACGUAACUGCAGGGCCACCCUUGGCUAGCUUUGCUCAGCUGCCGAAUGCAGAUUUGUCUUCUGCCUCUGGCGCCAGGCCGAAUGCCCGUGCUCCGGUUAGCCUUGCUUCUGGCGAGUGCAGAACUGAAAGCCAGAUGUUGCACAACUCCCAGGCCAUGAUGCCGACUUGGGGCCAAAAGCAUCUGCAAAGCCGCAACUCUCCUCCUGGUGCCAUUGGGCGUUCACGGCAUCUCAACACAAAUCCUGUCGGUGCCACUGGCCUGGGCACCAACGUGGAUGACUCGGAGGAUUUAGCGCAGCAUGCUGAGGCGCAAAGUAGAACUACCUGCGGUGGGAAAGAUUUCGAUGAUCAAAAGACUAGCCUGCUCCCUAGUGCAAUGAAUAUGACUUGCGCGAGUUCAGCCGUACCCACUCCUCAUGAUGCAAGCGUAACUAGUGCACCAGUCGUGAGCCAGCAACUCGAAACUCUCACGAGUGUGUUUCCGGGUGUCAUGAAUAUGACCUGCACUGACAGAGUGGUAUCGGCAAGGGUAGCUUGUAGUGGCACACGCCUCUCGUGUGCCAACCCAGCUUCGAUGACUCUGCACUACGACAAUGCUAACCUGACGGGCGCAAUGAACAUGACUUGCCGAAGCACUACAAGGUGCCCUUUGCUUGUCGCGGAUACGACUGACCUCAACGUAGAGCCAAAUGGACAGCUUAAUGAGGCACACACACCACAUGCAGUUUCCGGCAGAACUCGUUGGGACAUCAAUGAGCACAGUCUUGACCAGGCAAGCAGUCAUUUCCCUUUGGUGGCACUGAAUGUCGUGGCCCCCGAUGCUGGAGCUCCUGGAGAUAGAAAUCUCGACGGCGCUGCUGAAGACUCGCACGAGUCUGUGGCUUCCUUGAAUGCCACCGUCGGGAACAAGAAUAGCAUGAAUUCCUGCCGCAGUCUGGCUUUCUUGCGUGUACCUGCCAGUGCUGAGGUGGGCAUUGCUGCAUCUGUGGCAGAGUUCACUGAUGCCGUGCCGCAGGACCUCCCGGUUCGAAGUGAAAUGACUGCUCCUUUACUUUUAAAAGCCGCUCCAGCGGACAAACCAACGGACAAGCUGUCCCAUGUGGAAUGUGCGACUUCGAGCACAGCGCCCUUAAGACCCACGCCUUUGAAAGGCAGCACAAACGUGAGCAUGAGGGGUUCUGAAAGCAAGUGCCUCAAUGCUCGUGCAUUGCCUGUCAAUGUCCUGACUGGCAAAGAUAGCAUUGCUUACCAGCAUCUUGCUAGCCCUAUCGCUAAAAGAAGUGACAAAGAAGUUUUGGGCCCAACAAGAAUGGCAAGCGGAAUGCCAUUGUCAAUGUCAAAGAGCUGGAAUGCUGCUUCAAAGGUGAAUCUGACUGCUGCGACCGAGAUGUUCAACUCUUUGACUGACUCUGCUGUAAACCUUUCCAACGUAACAGCACAGCUGGAGAUGCCUUCUGAAUAUGUCAGCUCGCUGUCACUUUUGGCUGACGUGUUCUCUCCAGAAAGGGUUGCCAAAGAAAAUCCAGAGGCACGACACGUCGGUACAAGUGCAUCUAAACGUCUGACCAAAGCCCAGCAGCAACCAAGUGCCAGUCAUUCGCAUCUUGCGACGGAUCGAGGCCAGCACUCGACAGAUAAUGGCAACAUUGAAGCAAAUCUCGACAAGAUUUCGGCGCCAGAUGGAGGUGCUCAACGAGACCAAGCUGUUGCCGGUCUUUCGUCUUCCAAGAAAAGUUUGCCUGUGACAGCCACAAGCGCUGACAUCUCUGAAGUAAACCUCGAGCCAGUGGCCAAGCACCUUGAUACUGCUUUCGAAAAAAACACUGUGGAGGCGUUGACAACAAUUGCAGACAGGUGUCCACAACCCAACACUAUCUGUUCACCUGUGAGUGGUCUUAAUGCUACCUUUGCUCCUGGCACCCAGUCUGUCGGUGCAAGCUUGUCAGCAUGUCCGCGCAACAUUGAACCCGCCCGGAAGAGUGCAACAUUUCUAGUGUCUUCUGCAAAGAAUGCAAGGCCCAGUGCCACAUUUGCUGUCUUGUCUCCUGCCUGCAGAGUCAUUUGCAUUGACAAUAGCACCACUGUGGACCAAGGCAACGGAGAUGCAUCUCUUGUACCCAAAGAUCCUCGUCUCUCGGCGGCCCGCCGUCUCUUGGGGAAGGAGCCUGCUGCGACAGCAGACGAAUUGGACAACAGUCGCAGUGCCGCCCUUUCGAGAUCUAGGAAAAAAUUGGAGUUUACGGAAAUCAGGCCACGGCCUCCCCAAAACGGUACAGGAAGCACUUGUAGUGGUUGUAUUGCUGACAGCUGCAGAGAAGACGCUUGCCGAAACAUGCCAACUGUCUCCGUCUCGAGCACGCAGUGUUCAGACAUGUCCCGCUGUCGGACUUGUCCCGACUAUGUUGCCUCCUCUCGUAAGCUGCAUGGUACAUCGUCGGCUUCAUUGACUGUGUUCCAACGUUCCACCGGAGGCCGCUCCAAUGACUUAGAGAUGCUGAUGGACAUCCCAGAGCCAUCCCUCGUCACGACCAGUCCACCAACCUCCUCUGUGGACAACUUGCAGCACUCCAGGAGCAAUGAGGUCGCUGUCCAGCCGGUGAGCUGUGUGGAAGUCGGGGAGCUCCCCAGCGAAGCAGCGCUGGCGUCGGGUACUGGUGUCUGCAUUCCGGCCAGCAUGUUUUACUCCUCUUCUGGGAAAAGGCGGAGCAGGCCAUUGACGCCUUCUUCAAAGCCGUUGGACAAGUGCAGGUCAACGGCAAAGAAAAGGCGGCCGGCACAGGCGGGUGCGAAAGCCGGCGGCUCAAAGCGCCACCUCUGCUCACCCGCAUCUACCAGCAAAAAGCGGCAGAAAGGGUUACAGGAGGGGCGUACUGCAGCCAAGUUGGUGCAAAAGGCAGCUGCUGGUGUUGCAAGUGCUUGCAAGACGGCGCAGCACAGAACCGAAUCGACGGCAAGUACGGAGGACAUCUUGCGGUCUGUCUUUUCGUACAGACCAAAGCUACGAAGCCUACCUCCAUCUCCUGUGGCCAGCUCGAGUCCCAAAGACAGCCCGAAUCCGCUGGCUCGCUUGAAGUGGCCCGAGGGCUUAGUGUUGCCAGACGACUUGCUGUUGCCAGGUGACCUGAGUUCCUCGGCUACCUUGAGUCCUGUGCAAGCAAGGCCCUCUCUAAAUUUGGACAACGUAAACGGUGCCCUUGCUGAAGCUUCGGCAGCCUUGCCAGCUGAAAAGGAUACGGACACGGACGGUUCACUCUUCGAAAUCCCGGAUCCACAGCUUGACCUCACAGCUAACGUCGACAUCCUUGGAAUUAUUGACCGCCUCGACGACACAAAUGUGAACGAGUCGCUGUACUGGAGCUUUCACGAGAUUCCCGCAGAGUCUCUGAAAGAGUGGAAGCUGCAUGUUUGGCGCUUGGAAGCUGACAAAGCAGUCUUCACUUACAUCAAAGGCAGUCUCAAGUUGGUGAUGAAACUUGGUGACUAUGUCAAGCUACCCGACACGGAGGACAAGCUGGCGCUAGCCCGAGCAGCAUGUGAGGGAGAAGUUCGCCGGCGUGUCAAGCACAUUGCUAGUCUUCGCUAUGAAGUCAUGUGUAAGCCGAACGCUCAGUUCAACAAGUACAUGUUGAAUCGCCGCCUUCCAGAAAUGCACAAGACGGACGAGCUACUGAAGCAGUACCCCACCACAGACUGCUUGGCAAAGCUGCUGGGAGAGGUGGGCAGCUUCUUCGCACGCUACUGGCCAAUCAACCGGGACAUCUUCAUCAUCGCCAGGCGUCACCACCAUGCCUUUGAGUACCCUGUGCUGUCGGUCCAGAUUAUCGCCUCUCGUCGCCUAAUCUGGUUCCACCUUGACCUCCCGAUCGACAUAGACCUGUACCCGAACGCUGUGAUCGUGCCAUCAAUGCGUCCGUACUCGGACGAGUAUGGCGUAAUCUCGACUGAGAAGCUACGCCGGAUUACAGCACGUGUCAACCCUGGUCCCAAGUACUUGGUUCGACUGGUUGACGAGAUUGAGAACUUCGUGGGGAAAUGAAUGCCAAAAGUCGUCGACCAGGCUUGCAAGCUGGUUUGGAGUUUGUAUAAAUUAAGCGUCUCGGUGGCUGUGGCUUUCAGCCGUCUUGCAAAACUGGCAGGAAGUGCAGACUGUAGCUCUGUGCAAUUUUUGCAUGCUAUUUAUUAUUUGCCACAACCGUUAUUAUUUGAAAGUCCUGUGUGGUUGCUUUCUUCUUAGUUUCUUGUACAGCAUGAGUGUUUUAUUGUAAAGUUUUAAUCUUCCCCUGUGAAAUUUGCAUUCACCAUGUGCGUAUUUGCAGUAAUGUACAACAGGUGUAUUUUAUUGUGUUUGUGCUGUCUUUUUUAAUUAGUAUCUCACUCAUGCUUUUUACUUCAAAUACAACGCAAUUAACACCAAUCGGACAUAUUAUGCAGCAGAAUCUGCACGUUCACGGCUGGUUAUUACGUGAUUGGCCAAUCACUCAACACAAUCUGGUCACCAUAGCAACCAAUGCCACAUGUUUCAGCAACAGCCGUCUUCAGAAAAUGGAGAAGUUCAGACAAAGAAUUAUCAUUCAUUAUCAUUACAAAACUAAACUGCUGUGUUCUGCGACAGCUUCAUAAUUUUUACUCGGCUUCAUAUGUAUAUACAUCAUUUUUAAACAUUUAUCGAGAAGUGCAACUAUGCAGGCUUCUGCCGUGUAUGAACUAUUAUGAAGAUGCCAUGUACACUGCUGCUGUUCUUUUGUACAACUUUUGCCGUUUACUACAUUCAUAUAUUGGAAUACUUAUAUGGGAACUAUUUGCAUGAGUUUUAAUUGAUAAAGUGCUGAUUGUGUGCCACAAUCUAAUCUGCAUCAUUAAGAGCUGUACAGUAUUCAAUAAAGUUACAUUCUUGUAUGUAGCAUACUA